AGAUGUGAGAAGUGCAGUAAAAACCUUUAGUCGCUCUGAUCAUCUGAAGAGACACCAGCGCAUCCACAUGGGAGAGAAACCAUACCACUGUCAACAGUGUGGGAAAACAUUUAGUACAUCUGGUGAUCUGAAGAAACACCAGCGCAUCCACACGGGAGAUAAACCAUACCACUGUCAACAGUGUGGGGAAACAUGUAAUAGAUCUGACGAACUCAAGAGACACCAGCGCAUCCACACGGGAGAGAAACCAUACCACUGCAAACAGUGUGGGAAAACAUUUAGACAAUCUAGUUAUCUGACGGUACACCAGCGCAUCCACGCAGGAGAGAAACCAUACCACUGUAAACAGUGUGGGAAAACAUUUAGUCUAUCUGGUGAUCUGAAGGAACACCAACGCAUCCACACAGGAGAGAAACCAUACCACUGUAAACAGUGUGGGAAAACAUUUAGUCAAUCUGGUACUCUCAAGCGUCACCAACAACUUCACAGAGGAGUCUCCACCCAAACAACCAUGUGAAGA